UGAACAGUAUGAAGGCUCAUGAUUUCAGACUGGACCGGAUGUAACGAAACCAACAGGUUGUUUGAACUCUCUCCUGAAAAAUCAUAUGACAAAGUCAUGGUAAUUGACACCAUCUGAUGGCUAAGAAUGCUCGAUAAGUUGGACGUCGGGUUUUGUUUAUGGUUGGGAUAGAACCAUGAGGGAGAAGUAGGGGUAAUUACCCAGAUGUCUGUGGUCCUAUAGAUGUAACUCGUAAGCUACAAGCAGUCAGGCCAAAUCUUGUGCUUGAAUAGAACCAAAAUUCCUCUUUAAAUUGCCGACCAUAUAACUUCCAGUUAAACGAUGCCGACAUUGCUCACCUGCGGUAACUGGGACAAAUUAUGAGAGUGUGACAUUCCCCUUGCAAGUGCUUGGCAAUUUCUUGUUAACUUCUCUGCCACUCUUUCUGAAAAACUCAAAAGCAAAGAACGACCUCUCAAAUGAAACUAUGUCUUCUGAUGCACACUCUCCUUGCUGCAGUUGCAAACUCUCUUAGAAGACAAGCAAAAGGGAAACAUUCUUUUGAAAAAUGAUCUCCAUGUCCUUAGACAUUUCUCUCUCUGGAUUGCUCACCUAUGUGCUUGCUUAUUUCACAGAAAGUGUUGUUUCCGUCCUUUGUAAACUGAUAGACCAGGGUCGAGCAUCCAACAUAUUUGAAACCCAAAGUUCAAAUUCCAGUAAGCUUCUGCAAGAAAUUCUAGCAAGGAAGAAGAUAGAACUUGUUUCAUCUGAGAUGGAAUUGGAUUCUUCAAGAAAGAAGUUAUUAGAGUUCAAGAAUUUCAAGGCAGCAGCAAGCAGUAACAAGCAUACAACAACUAGCAACCAGUCAAUUUUCAAGUUUAAGAAUGAAGGGGCUUCAAGUUCGAAAGAGGUAUCUCGAGUCCCAAGUUAUCCAAGAAGUAAGAUCUGCAGCAGCUUUUGUAAAGGUAAGGGAGUUGUACUGCAGGCUAGUGAAGCUGAACAACUGAACACACGAUUGAAGAUCCUUGAAGAAGAAAAUGAAAUAAUGAAGCUAGCACUCUUAGAGACAGCCAUGGAAAGGAAAGAAUUGGUUAACGAAAUAUGUCAUCUGUUUCAGACACUGCAACACUACAGCCUCCACCAUAAAGAUGAAGAGGAUGGACACAGAUCCAGCUAUGGAUCUUUGAUCCUCAAACCUUCUAAGGGUGGAGGAACCGAGUCGAGCGGUGUGUCACAACUUCAGUUGGAAAAUCAAGGUUCUGAAGAUCCUAAGGCCAAUAUAUUAGCGAUUCUUGAUCAGUGUUACACAUCUACUUAGAGUUAAUUGUUGUGUAGAUCAAUUUACAUUUCAUCAACUAUCAUGACUGAUAUGCUCAAGUAGUUUCCAAUCUUAAGAAACUCUAUGACAGAAGUAACAAUGAAUUUAAUUUAAGAUUUCCCCCAAAUUUCUCCUAGAACCUGCAUCAGGUCUCAAAGGUGAACAACCUUUGGCAAAUGAAACAAUGUAUGUAAAGGAAGUCAGGUAAAAUAAAUCCAUAACCUCGGAAGAAAGAUUGGCUCUUAGGGCGGAUGUCGGUGAACUGCUUCCGCAACGAGAGUGAGUCAUUGCAUGCCAAUCGAGGAUGGUUAGUAACGGCUCCCCUAAAAACGACUCAAAUGGAGGUAGGGUCUAGUGAUCGAAAGAGUUGCAUGAUAUAUGAGGCAUCUUCAACGAUCU